GGUGCCAUUUGGAAUGCAGCCUGAAUAUGAGCUCCGCUGGACUCUGGCUUCACCCUGCUGUACUUAGUUCACUGCUAGUAGGAGAGUCAGAACGGGAGAGACGAAACACACUUACAAAAUACUAGCUUAGUAAAUCUGUGCUUAAAGUGAUCUGCUGUUUGAUCUAUGUGAAGGUUGGUGUUGCUAAGCCAGGUGAUGAGGAUGUCUGAGAGGAACAUGGCAAAUCCAUAUAGCUCUUUCAUCAGUCAGCAGUCCCUCUGGAUCUACCUGUCCACCAGCCACACCACCAGACUACCUGUUCCCUAGUAACACACUGUAACAGACUGUAGAGACAACAUGGACACAGCUCUGAUGUUUACUCUUAAGGUGCGACAGUCUCUGGCCAUGUCAGCAUCACCAGGCAGGACCUUCUCACCACAGACACAGCCAACGGCACAGACACAGAUACAGAAACAGACACAACCACAGACACUAACACACCAGUCCUCCUCAGACUGUGCUCCAGAUUCUUCUCAUGAUGACGACAGCUCCACAGAGAGCAGUGAGGAUGUCUGUCUGCCAGGACCUCUAAGCCUGGAGCUGUCGAAACUGGAACUAGACAACCAGGACACACCCCAGCAGGACAGGGAGGCUGGUUGUGAAUAUAACAGUACUGGAGCCCCUGGGAUAGAGGGAGAUCUAGCUAUUAGUACUGGAGGUCCAGGAGGGCCAGCAGAGUCUGGUUUUGAUGUCUUCCCCCCUGACCCUCUAGACCUAGACCAGAUCGUCUGUCCCGCGGGUCUAAUCAGUGAGCCAGGCAGUGUCACAUCACCAUCGCCUGAUGAUGCCAAUAACAAUGGAUUGGAUUUACACAGCAGUUCUCCAGGAGCAGCUGAGGACCACUGCCUAGCCUCCAAUGUUCCUUCUCCUAGGAUAGAGGGAGAUGUGGAUGUUCUUGCUCCUAGGAUAGAGGAAAACCUGGAAGUUGAGGACAGUAACAGACGUGUAGAAUCAGGACAUACCCUGGAUGCUAACCUCUCUGGUCAGCUAGAGGACAUGGAGCUGGGGCAUACCUCACCCAGGCAGACAGAGACAGACAUGGAGCUGGGCCAUACCUCACCCAGGCAGACAGAGACAGACAUGGAGCUGGAACAUACCUCACCCAGGCAGACGGAGACAGACAGGGAGCUAGAGGAGGAGUCACCCAGGUGGACAGAGGCAGACAGCCAGCCUGAGGACUACUCAGAGGGACCUGUGGAGAACAGACAAGUCCCUACUGAUCUGGAACACACAGAAGACAACCAUGUCUCCGUCCCUCUAGUCCCAACAGAGAAUGGACAUAUCCCUACCCUUCUGGUCCAAUCAGAGGUCAGCCACGUCACUAUCUCUGUGGUCCAAUCAGAGGCUUUUAGCUCCAUCCCUUCUCUAGUGGUCAGUGUAGACAACAACAUGGAUCCCUUCACACAUCCCUCCCUUACCCUGGCCCUAUUUGAGGCCCCCUUGGCAGGGCUAGGCCUCUGCGAUCACCCCUGCAUCAUCAAACACAAACCUAGCUCCAUCACCUUCUCAGGCUUCACCUGUAGUCCCUCCACCUGUCACUCUAGCACCGACCACAGCGUCUUCAUCAAAAACAGCUCUGACUGUAGGGAGUCUUCCUCAGAGAAGGAUGAUGAAGGUGAUGAUGAAGAUGGGGAUGAUGAGGACACAUUCCCAGAGCUGCUUCAGAGCAGGGAGUUCCUGGUCAGUCGGAGGAGAAGGAGCAGCAGCAGAGACAAAGUAGUUAAGGAGAGAGGAUCUAUGAGUCCCCAGGCGGAGGCACCAGUCAGCUCUACAACCAACUCUACAGCCAGCUCCCAUCUCUCCUCCUUCUCCAAAAACCAGAACCACAGCGGCUGCGAGGCAGAGACUGAGACCAGCAGCACAGAGGAGUCUCCCCUGGUCCAGCCUCAGACCCUGUGGUGUGAGUCUAUGAGCCAGCUGAUGAGGAAACUGGACCAGCUCAACCUGGACAUAGAGGAGGCUCUGAGUGCAUCAUCCUCCCCCUCGGACACACCCUGCACCGCACGCAGACAACAGUAUGGAGCUGUGUCUGGGACGGCAGUAAACCAAUCUCUUAACGAGGAGGACAGUACACUGCUGCAGCGAGGGGAACCAGAUACAGAUGAAUGUCUCAGACAGGACCAACACAAGACCUUGGCCCCUAGUAGCUCAGCCGAAGGAACCAGAGCCAGGACCAAGAAGACAGUCAUGUGCAGUAAGAUGACCAAUGCAGGUGCAGAACUCGAGGCGAAGGAGGCGUGUGAUUGGCUACGAGCGGCAGGAUUCCCCCAAUACGCUCAGCUCUUUGAAGACUCUCAGGUCCCCAUCGACAUCUCUCCUGUCAAGAAAGACCAUGACUUUCUGGACAACGACCUGGUGGAACCUCUCUACAGACGACUCAACACCUUGAACAAGUGUGCCUCUAUGAAACUAGAUGUCAACCUUCCUAAGAAAAAGAGUGAAGACUCUGAUGAGGAGGACCUGCUUGCCAUCAGUGACAGAUGGACGUUUGAGUGGACGAGCCGCCGCUGGUCCAGACUAAAGGGGGAGGGGCGGAGUCCCAGGGAGGGGGAGGGCCGAGGCCUGCGGAACACUACCAGUAGCGAGAGUGUUCUAACUGACCUCAGCGAACCAGAGGUCUCAUCUCUCCACAGUGAGAGUAGCGGGGGGAGUGGCCACCAGGCUGUGAGCACAGAGGACUCAGACUGCUCUAACCGGAACUACUCUGACUCUGCAGCCAUGCCUGAACCUGACUCCAACUCCCUUACCCUGCCACACCUCCCUAAGCACCUCCCCUAUUACGGCUCGUUGCCCACCAAAAACAACCGCGCCGGACGGACCCGAGCCAAGGACUUCCUGCGCCACAUGGAGACGCUACGUUCCCGAGGCACGUUGGAUAGGGGGAGGAGCAAGAUGCUGGUUAUCAGCGCUCCGGUACUGCAGAUGGAGCCGCAGGCCCUGAAGACGAUGCGCUGUGUGGAGAUCACCAAUGGGGACGGGUCGAGGGCGGAGGUACCCACUGGGGGACCAAUCCUAGGGCUAACCCCCCAGUGCCCCUCCAGCAGUGAGGGCAGCCACUCCAGCGACAGCACCGUCUCCUCCCCCAGUCUGAAGGAGAGGAAGCCCCACUCCCAGCGGACGGACCGGUCUGACGCCAAGCGCAGUGGCAUGUAUCUGGAGGACUUGGCCGUGUUCUCCAGCCUGCAGCGGAACAGUGGCGUGGCCGAACACAACCGGCAUAACGAGUUCCGCUCCUACGAGGACCUGGUGGUCCACAUACCCAAAGACCAUAAGCCUGGCACCUUUCCCAAGGCCCUGUCCAUAGAGAGCCUCUCCCCCACCCUGGGGGCCUCCGUCCCCUGGCACAGCGGCAGCCUCAAUCCCCUGGAGCCCCAGUCCAACCCCAACCCCCGACCUAACUCUAACCCCAGGGAGUUCCACCCCCGCCCUGCAACCCAAUUCUGCCCACGGGGCAGUAGGAUCAGUGUGUACGACAACGUCCCUGGGUCUCACCUCUAUGCCUCUACUGGAGACCUGUUGGACCUGGAGAAGGAAGACCUGUUCCCCCACCUGGAUGACAUCCUGCAGCACGUCAACGGCCUGCAGCAGAUAGUGGACCGCUGGUCCAAGAACAUGCUGCCCUCUGCAGGCCUGGACGGACAGGGGAUCCAGCCUGCAGGUAUGCAUUCUUCCAGCCAGAUCACGCUGGACUUUGAGGGAACGUCUGUUCUGGAGGGACAGAGCACAGCCAGUGACAGGGACAGAGACCGUGUGUCCCUCAUUGAGACUCACUGUACAGGACACAGAGAGAGGAGGGACUCAGGAGUGGGAGCAUCGCUAACCAGACCCAACCGUCUGCGAUGGCCCAGCUUCCAGAUGUCCAACCGGCUCAGCCACUCAGUGGCCUCGCUCCAGAUCACCAACCAAUCAGCAGGCCAGCUCAGCCUGCUGCAGAAGUUCUCUCUCCUCCGCCUCACUGCCAUCAUGGAGAAAUACUCCAUGUCCAACAAACACGGAUGGACCUGGUCAGUUCCGAAGUUCAUGAAGAGGAUGAAGGUUCCUGACUACAAGGACAAGAACGUCUUUGGUGUUCCUCUGAUUGUUCACGUCCAGCGCUCUGGUCAGCCCCUCCCCCUCAGCCUGCAGCAGGCCCUUCGAUACCUCAGGAGCCAGUGUCUAGACCAGGUGGGUCUGUUCCGUAAGUCUGGUGUGAAGUCUCGUAUCCAGGCGCUGAGACAGAUGAAUGAGUCGUCUCCUGAUGAUGUCAGCUACGAGGACCAGUCAGCGUACGACGUAGCAGACAUGGUCAAACAGUUCUUCAGAGACCUGCCUGAACCUCUACUGACCAGCAAGCUGGGAGAGACCUUCCUACACAUCUACCAGUAUGUUCCUAAGGACCAGCGGUUGCAGGCUGUGCAGGCGGCCAUCAUGCUGAUGUCAGACGAGAACAGGGAGGUGCUCCAGAUGUUGCUCUGCUUCCUAUCUGACGUCACUUCCUCUGUGGAGGAGAACCAGAUGACUCCCAUGAACAUCGCUGUGUGUUUGGCCCCGUCCCUGUUCCACCUCAACAUCCUGAAGAAGGACAACCUCUCCCCCAGGGCCAUGCAGAGGAAGUACACGACAGGCCGGCCCGACCAGAAGGACCUGAAUGAGAACCUUUCCGCGACGCAGGGACUCGCCCAUAUGAUCAUAGAGUGCAACCGACUGUUUGAGAUUCCUCACGAGAUGGUUACUCAGUCCAGGAACUCGUACGCGGAGGCGGACCUUCACGCUCCCACCUUAGAGGAGCUCUGUAGACAGCAGGAGGAGGACGAUGCGUCCUACCAGGCAGAGGCCAGACCCUGCCAGACACACUCAGAGACCAGACCGCAGAACCUGUACCAGAGCUACGUAGAGAGCAGGCUGCAGGAGCUCCUGAAGGAGGCCAGAGAGAAGGCUAAGGGCUGGGUGUCCUGCACCAGCUCAGACAACACUGAGCUCUACUGUAAGAAGGUGGGUGAUGGGAACCCUUUGCGGCGGUGGCGUGUGGCGGUAGAGGUGGAGGCCCCUCCCUCGGUGGUAUUGAACCGCGUGCUGCGAGAGCGCCACCUGUGGGACGUGGACCUGCUGCAGUGGAAGGUAGCUGAGACUCUGGACAGACACGCUGAGGUGUUCCACUAUGUCCUCAACCGCAUGCCACCACACCCCAGCAGAGACUUCCUGGUCCUACGGUCAUGGAGGACUGAACUUCCCAAGGGGACGUGUGCAUUGGUGUGUGUGUCUGUAGAACAUGAGGACUGUCCCCGGGUCGGUGGGGUAAGGGCCGUGGUUCUCGAGUCUAACUACCUUCUAGAACCCUGCGGCUCUGGGAAGUCCAGACUCACUCACAUCUGCAGGGUGGACUUCAAAGGGCGGAGUCCAGAGUGGUACAACAAGGCCUUUGGUCACCUCUGUGCUGCUGAAGUAGCUCGCAUUCGCAACUCCUUCCAACCAAUCAGCACAGAGGGCCCAGAGACCAAGAUCUGACACUAGAGUCUUCCAUCCAUAGAGCUAGACCCACACAUACCUGGAGGGAACUAGACACAACCUGGCCUGGCCUAGAGCUAGUGUAACCGAGUUGGAUUUGUAACCUCACUCCCCAGCCUGAAAUGUCUCCACCCUCACUAUCGAACUGCUAACUUUUCGGUAGCAU